AUGGAUCAUAGUCGAAUUGAAGAUCGUUCAUCGCAUGAAAUUAACGACGGAUCUGUAUUAACAAGAAGUGCAAAUCUUGAUCUCAGUCCUUCUACGAAUGCAAAAACGAUGCGUGAAAUUGAUUCAGAAGUUCAAGAACUUAAACGUGAAAAUUUUCAAUUGAAGUUACGUAUAUAUUUCCUCGAAGAACAAAAUGAAACGAGUAAUGUACAUACGUCAUCGACUCAAGUUUUACAGCAAUGUCCUUCAUCACAAAUUGAAUCUUAUAAUAAAAUUGAAGGAGCGAAGGGUAUUCUAAAAACUGGUUCAUGGCAUUCAUUAAAUCGGUAUGUUGUUUUUAAAUUUGUUCAUAAUAUUGUAAAUAUUCGAUUAUUUUGUUAA